GGCUAUAUCAUCAAUCCAUCGAUGUACCAACCGUAUACCCUACCAGCAACGACAGCAGCAUGUUCUACCGGAGAAACGUCUUUCAAUCAAAUGAUGGACCCAUCAAUGCUCGGCCAGAACACUAGCAGUGCACCGUUCUACGGUUCGACAUUCAACUACCCGACCUACGACUACUCGUCCCCGUUGAUACCGAGAGUCCCAGGCUCAAAUCCGGGGACUGGAGCUGGGGCCGCAUGUUCGACGAGCACUUCGUCGACGAGUUCGAAUGGAUCAGCACAAUCGACGACAGCAACACGGAGUAAGGCCCGAUCCACCGCAUGUGCGUUCAGCUGA